CAGCCUCUCUGACAGUGAGUCCUGAAGGAGAGAAACAUUUCACUGAUCAUAACGUCUCAUUAAAAUGUGAUGGAAACUCUACUGAUGGGAGAAUAAGAUAUUAUAGAGAAAUAAACACUCAGUCAUAUCUGUAUGACUGCUCCACCUGGUGGACAAUGAAUGAAUCCUCAUGUAUUUUCGACAGUCAGUCGACCUAUAAAGCAGUGUUCUGGUGUGAGUCUGGGUCAGAGUUCAGCAAUGCAGUCAACAUCACGAUAUACAAGUCAAAACCAGUCCUCACUGUGUCUCCAUCAUGGCUGAAACCUGAAGCCUCAGUGGCUCUGAGAUGUAACUAUGACAACCAGUCUGAAAGUUGGAGGAUCUACUGGUAUAAAGCUGUUCCUGAUAAGUCUGAGAAUGGCUACAGAUAUGAGCUACUGCCUGGUAGCAUCAGUGAAACUGCAAAUAACUCCUUUAUGAUUCACGGUCAGACACAAACAGCAGGAUUUACAUGUAGAGCUGGAAGAGGAAACCCAGAGUAUUUUACUGAUUACAGUGAACCAAAGUUUGUCUGGUCUGCAGUCUCCCAUCCAGCAGCGUCUCUCUCAGUGAGUCCUGACAGAGAGCAACACUUCACCUCUGAGUCUGUGACUCUGAACUGUGGAGGAAACUCUACUGAGUGGAGAGUGAUGACUCCUAGCAGAAUUUAUGCCUGGUCUUCACUAUACAGCUACUCCGAGAAAGUAAAUGGAUUCACAACAGAAAUGAUAGCUUACCGGCACUCUACUGCAGUGUACUGGUGUGAGUCUGAAUCAGAGGGGUGCAGCAAUGCAGUUAACAUCACAAUACAUGAUGGUGAUUUAAUCCUGGUGAGUCCUGUACAUCCCGUUAAUGAGGGAGAUCCUGUCACUCUUGGCUGCGAACUGAGGACAGGGAACUUCACGUCCACUGUGGGAUUCUACAAAAAUGAUAAACUUAUCCAGAACACAGUCAGAGGAGAGCUGAGUAUCCCUGCAGCGUCGGCUUCAGACGAAGGUUUCUACAGGUGUGAACAUUCAGGAAAGGCGUCUCCACAGAGCUGGGUGGCAGUGAAAGCAUCAAGUUCUUCUCUUCCGGAGUCGCUGAUUAUUGGACUAGUUGUUGGUUUCCUGCUGACUGUCCUCCUCGUCAUUGUGUUGGCAAUUUUACGCAACAGGCUUUCUAAGUGUCACAGAACCGAGACCUCAGGCACAGCUCCUCAUCAACAGGAUGAAACGCCAAACCAGAUAUACUCGUCUCUCCUUCAAGGUGAUUCUGCCGUUUAUGAGACAAUCAGAAAAUCCGGUCAAUGAUCAAAGAGUGAAUGAGGACAAGAAAGUCAAACCUCGCAUCCUGCUCAAAAUGAAAGAUCCAUAAAGUUUGCCAUCUGAAGUAAGAAAUGGAACAGAGGAGAGUUUUCCUAACUAAGAUGUUAAUUAAAAUCAUUGUGAUUUUGUUGUACUGUUGCAGCACUCUGAUGAACCAGCCGAACAAAUGCAUGCGUUUUCAGUUAACUAUUACAUAUUCAUGAAUGUUAUGCUUAUCUUGAUGGUGCUGGAUUAUUAUAAUCUCAAAAUGUCACUAUAAAAAAUGGAGCAGGUGAAUGAAUUUUAAGUAUGAGCUUCCAUGCUAGGUAUUUUUUUAUUUCUUUUUAUUGUAUUUUCCUUUUAUAUUUCAAUAGCGUUUUAUGAAAAUACCCUAUAUGUGAUUUCCACUGUUUUGUUUGGCCGUUUUUAGUAUCUCCUCCAGCUGGACGUUUGUGGUGUAAAAACAUGUAUUGUCUUCAUAAUAAAGUUAAAAGGUUUUUUUUUUUUGCUUUUCAUAAAGCACUGUGGGUUGUAUCUGUUUUCAAAACGUUCACAUCCGACAAGACAUUAAAAGUACGGUACGCACAUUAACACAAAUCAGUGAAAUCAGGUGAUCUGUAUUUUUGCACAAGAAUAUAUUAAAUAGCAAGAAUGACAAAGCACCAAAGAAGAACAUAUCUUAGGUA